AUGGUGAAAAUUAUUUUGGAGAGUCUCCGGCUCCCCCUAAAGCCCCAGACCAGUACUCCAGUUAGCAUUCGUAUUACCGAAUUCUUUUUCUCGUCACAUCUGCAGGGACCCGAUGCUUUUUACGAUGCCCAGCACAAGAUCUACCAGCUCCUUGAUCAAGAUCACUAUCCUUCUUUCCUUGUGAGUGAAAACUAUGUCAAGCUAUGCGAUGAACUGGCUCCAAAGUCAGGGUCGGGGGAUUUCUCGUCGUCGGUCAGGGAUGAGCUGGAAAGCAGUUUCAGAGAGGAUUCCUCGAUCUCCAGCCAGGCACUGCCAUCAUCAGAGAGUCUGGUAUAUCAGAGGAAUACCGUGGAGAGCACUUUACAGGGGAUUGAAGAGAAGCUAAGCAACAAGACACAGGCUCUCAGCAAUCUCAAGAGCUCACAUGGUGUCGAAUCUAAGAUGGAGCAACUGUUAGAGAAUGAAAUAGAGAACCUAAAACUGCAGAAGAAGAGGAUUGAGUUGUACAUCCAACAGACCGAUCUCUGGACUGAACAUAUCGACAAAUGGAGGAUAGAUGUCUGCCUCCCAGAUAUCCAGGAUGUGUCCGAUGGGAAGUCCGAGAUCUAUUUUCUGAUGGUUGUACAUCCCACUGAUCCAAGAAUCCCCACACCUGGUUGGGUGGUAUCCAGAAGAUUAACUGAGUUUUAUCAUCUACAAAACAAACUCAAAGAGUGCAGUCACUGGUUAGCCAAGGUCAAGCUACCUCAGAAUAAUAAGAAGCUAUUCAAUAGGGAAACCAUGAAAGAGUUCUUAGAAAGAUCAAGAAGUGAGCUACAAAAACACUUAGCUGCUAUUCUAGGGGAUGCUACGUUACGGCACAGUGAGGCUCUCUACUCCUUCCUCAUCCCCAAACCAAACAUCCUCAUUGAUACACCAGUCCAAGAGGUAAAGAAAGGUGGUUUUUCAUUGGCCAGUAUCUUCAAGAACUCACCAACUGAAGAUGAUAGAUCUAAUCUAGGAGAUAGCGAUGCGGAAGAAGAGAUUGCUCAGGAUAGGAAAGACUCCAUUGCCGAACCUCUGUACAGCUUGAUCAGUGAGAUCUUUGAGCUACAUGGCAUGUUCAGAUGGCUGAGACGGACUCUCAUCGUCUUUGUCCAGGCAACCUUUGGCAGGACAAUCAACAAGCAACUGAGGGACACCGUAGACUGGCUGACCUCCGAGCCCAUGAUCCUCUUCUACCUGCGUUACUACCAAGAUUCCAUGUGGCCCGAUGGGGUCCUGGACCCACCCCAGCAGCCACCAAGUCUUGAGGAGCAGAGGGCUACCCAGAAAGAGGCGAGGGAAAAAUUCUUGCAAAACCUGCCAGAUUUUCUUCAGAACCUUCUAGGUAAGCACAACAGUCGACUCGGAGCCAUCAAGAUAUUUGAAUCCCUCCAAGAUACCAGGACCACCAAACAUAUCUUUUAUAACCUGCUGGAGCUAGCUCUCCUGGAGAUCUGCCCUGAGCUGAAGGAUCCACGGCUCCUGGAGCAGCUGGAGGAGGAUGGCAGCCAGAAAGAUCCUGCUGGAGCCGCACAAGUGGAUCCGCAUGGAGCCAGGAGCCGUUCGACAGGAGAGGAUCUGCCUGGUGGAGGUCGUCUCCCGGCUGGAUCCGAGGGGAUGGGAGGAGUUCCGGCUGGAGCCCGGAAGGAGACAGACGGAGCUGGGAGAGUCCAGGGAGAAGGAGACGGUGGAGAACAGGUGGUGAGACAGAGGAGAGGUACUGUGGAGGGGAAGGAGAAGAGCGAUGAGGAGGAUUGAAAAGUGAUGUCCAACUCUUUGGUGUGAGAUGUUAUGUUUAACCCAUCGGCAUACUGUUCCUUGUAACUCAUUUGAAGGUCUUUCAUUACUAUGACUCCAUUGUAUUAUGGUAAACCUAUCUGAUUCUAAUGCAAUAUGAUUUCAAAGGUGCACAUGGUAUAGUUGUUUAGAGUAGUUUCUAUAUUUUAAUACUUUCAGUAGUUAUUGGAGAUGCUAUUGCCCAGGACAAAGUACAGUAAUUCAUCAUGAAAAUGGGGGCAUGUUGUUCAAAAAGCCUAUCGGCUCUCCAUUGUGAUUUUAAUUGCAUUUUCAAAGGAAUUGGUGCGUUGUAGAGUUUCUCCGUAGUAAAUGCAAAAACUACCCAUUGACACUUGGAAUUAAAUAUGACUUUCAGUCGGACUUGACUAUUAGUGAAAAACUCUGUUGAAACUUUCAUGAAGUUAUAU